UUGGGUGGUUCAGUGCGCUUGAACCUUCUUGCUGGCCGUGCGUUUGCACCCCGCGCCUGCAGUUCCUCCACGUCGCGGGUUCGAGGUCUGGGUCUGUGCGUAGGGUGUGUGCCCUUCCUGGCCGAGACGCGAUGCUGCUCGACAAGGUGAAGGCGUUCGCUGUGCAGCUGGAGGGUGCGGCGGCGGGCGCGGAGCCCGUGUUCAGCGGCGGCCAGUGCUUGGCGGGCCGGGUGCUGCUGGAGCUGGCGAGCGCGGUGCGCGUGGGCUCCCUGCGGCUGCGGGCGCUGGGUCGCGCGCACGUGCACUGGACCGAGUCCCGCAGCACCGGCUCGAGCACCGCGUACACACAGAGCUACAGCGAGCGCGUGGACUUCGUGAGCCACCGCGCUUCCCUGCUGGGCUCAGACACCGGCGAGCCCACAACCCUGCCUGCCGGGCGCCACGAGUUCCCGUUCAGCUUCCAGCUGCCCCUGACCCUGGUGACAUCUUUUGAGGGCAAGCACGGCAGUGUCCGCUACUCUGUCAAGGCCACUCUGCGCAGGCCCUGGCUCCCUGCACGCCGCACCAGGACCGUGUUCACUGUCAUCGAGAGCCUAGACAUCAACACCCCCGAGCUGCUGGCCCCCCAAGCAGGAGCCCGGGAGAAGGUCGCUCGCUCCUGGUACUGUAACCGAGGCCUGGUGUCGCUUUCUGCCAAGAUCGACCGCAAAGGCUACACCCCAGGAGAGGCGAUCCCCAUCUUUGCUGAGGUUGACAACAGCUGUACGCGUCCUGUGCGGCCCCGAGCAGCACUGGUACAGACGCAGACAUUCAUGGCCCGGGGCACCCGGAAGCAGAAGUGCCUGGUGGUGGCCAGCCUGGCCGGAGAGCCGGUGGCCCCGGGGCGGCGCACGCUGUGGCAGGGCCGCGCACUGUGCAUCCCCCCGGUGGGGCCGUCCAUCCUGCACUGCCGCGUCCUGCGUGUGGACUACUCGCUCAAGGUGUGUGUGGACAUACCGGGCUCCUCGAAGCUACUCCUGGAGCUGCCCCUGGUCAUCGGCACCAUCCCCUUGCACCCCUUUGGCAGCCGCUCCUCCAGCGUGGGCAGCCAGGCCAGCUUCCUGCUGGACUGGGGGCUGGGCACCCUGCCGGAGCAGCCAGAAGCCCCUCCUGAGUACGCAGACGUGGUGACAGAGGAGGAGGCAGCCGUGGCCACCAUCCAGAGCUCCUUCCCAUUACUGUGUGACGCCCUCACCAGCCUCGAAGGCCCCUACUUCACUUACCUACAGGAGUGCCGCUUCCAUCCACCACCCCUGUAUUCGGAGGAGGAUCCAAACCCAACUUCGAGGCCUCGCUGCAUGACCUGCUGAGUGGCAAGCAGACCCUCGGAAUGAGGUUGCACAUGACUUUCUAGCCACUGUGGCCAUGGAGGACACCCAGGCCAAGGGCCAGCAAGCCUGACUCCUUGAAACCAGGGAAACUGAGUCUCAGAGCAAAGAAGACAAUGCUGAUCCAGUGUCACCAUCGCAAAGGUCUAAAGGAGACCCCAGAAGGAGCCUGACGCAUGGCGGAAUCAGUGGCCCAGUGGGGCAACUGGGAAAUGUGGGCCUGAGGUUGCAGGCAGUGCUGGGGCCCAGCCUGAGGCAGACAAAGCCAGAUGUAAACACUCGAGAACCAGAAGGAGGGAUCUGGGCAAGUCCCAUGGGGAAGCGGAGAAGGCUUCUUGGCGGACAUUUGACCUGGGGUAUUGCCGUAUGAAUAGGAAAGAGCUCAGUGUCAGAUGAGGAGGAAGAACAGUGAGAGAAGGGUUUGGAGGCCACCCCUUUAUCUCAGAAUCUGGGGCCUUAAGUGCAGGGAUUCCAGCCAAGGCCACACUGUGAGCUUGGAUGGACAGGGGACAGGGAAUUCCAGAAACCGGCACAGUGGAACAGUGGGGGCAGCUGGCUGCCCCACCCUGAGUGCCCUCCCUGCCUGGGGCUGGGUCCGAGGAAGCUGGGCACCCUCGCACACCGACCAUCCAUCCACCCCUUUGGUACAGUUAUGUUUUUAAAACAAUAAAAGUGUGGACCACGA